AUGGGUUGUAAAAUUAGCAAAAAUUUAUAUUCAAAUUAUAAAAUUGCAAAGGACGAAGCGGAUUAUUCAAGAAAUGUAGCAAUGAAAUUAGACAAAACCUUCUCUUCACCACAACGAGGUCAUGAUAUAUUUGAGAAAAUACCUUUUGAAGUGAUGAAACUACAGAAAUUAUCAAGCGAUGAGAAUUGGAUACCUUAUAAUCAAUUCGAUCAUAUCUCUUAUCAUUCAAAAGAUUCGGUUGAUGAAUCUUUAAAUUAUUUUGCCAUUUGGAAAAAUGGGAAAACUAUCGAAUUUAAGAAUUGGAACGUUGAUUGGAGGGUAUUAUUGAAAGAGAUAACUCACUCUUCUCGUAUGACCCAAUACGAAUUAAAAUUGAUGAUUGCAGAACUCGAAUUUAAUCAUAAAAUUGAAAUAUUUGGGAUUUCACAAAAUCCAAAAACAUUAAAUUAUGUUAUAGUAAUGGAUCAUUUUUCUGGACAGCUUGGAAAUUGA